AUGAACGCUGAUGACGCAUUGGCUCAGGCGGAGCUAGAUCAAGGCCUUCGGGAACUGGAAUUGGCUGAGAAGAAGCUGAAUGGUCUGCGCCUCAACUUGGAACUCUUGGAAGAGGACAAAAAAGACGCUGCGAGGCGUCGGAGGAAAUUGGGUCGAUUGCGUCGUCGAGGUGAUACAUCGGACGAGACCUUGCAGAGUUUGAGCGUGGCUCGGGCGGAAUUCUCAACUCGUUUGGACAAGUACCAGGCUCACAUCAAACCUGUGCAGGACGCCCAACGUCAGGUCAAGGAACUACGACAGCGAGUCUACUACUGGACGAAACUGCAGUACUACACAACGCCCGAAAAGCCCGACCGUACAACGGACAGCACAUCCAGCAGCUCUGGAGUUCAUUCGCAGCCAACAUGGACAAGGCCCGUGUGUGAAAAUCACACUGAGCGCAUUGAUUUGUCGGGGCUGGUUUCUCGCGGUAGACAUCACGUUACUUUUGGAGCAACAGACCCAGGAAUGGCCAAGAUGCUGCAGACGGUGGGAAUUUCGGUCAGGGAUAUGUCGCGCCGCUUAAACAUCUACAAUAUGCUACAAGACCUUGCAGACACACAGGACACGGAAAGGACUUUACUCCUCCAACACGAGCUGGCGCAGGAGCUGCAGGAGCCAGUAGCCGUUCCCCCUGUGAUUACUACUACAGCACCUCAAAUCAAUCAUCUCGCACAGUCAACACAGACUGCCAAAAAGCGACAACGCCGCAUAACCCAGGAUAUAACUGCCGCAUACAACACUCUCAGCAACAAUUCAGUGCAGCAUAUCUACACACCCCAGGACCUGAAUAACGCCCAUGCAGCCAAGUCGGCAACACGGUCCCUGCUGCGCGACUUUGAACGAACUAAGGCGAAUUCAAAGGACAGGAGAACCACAGAACUGCUGACCAAGAAGGCGUAUGCUGCUUUGGCAGCCAAAGAGCGCCGUUUCAUUCAGUCAUGUGAUACUGCGCCAGGGUUAACGACGGAGAAGGCGAAAAGGCAGGACUCGUCGACCACCACUACUCCUCCCUUGUUGGUUGAUCUGACAACGGCACCUGCAUCGAGCCAAGUUCCUAUACUUUUGCCAACGGAAUCUGGAUCAUCAAAUGUUACACUAUCGACAACACCAGCAACCAACCAGCUCUCCCCGCCGCUUGAAAUCGACGAUGGCUUUUGCGAAUGUGGCAUGUAUCACAUUUCGAACCAUACCUAUGGAUCAUACCGUCAUGGGUCGCAUUGUCCCCGUCGCUAUCCCAAGGCUCUGCCGGUGAUAUUUUAUGGAGGAGCCGGUACUGGCGUCGGCUCUACCAUCAAGGGCUUUUCAAGGAGAGGAGGAGGAAAGACGCGUGAGCAACACAGACGCUACUGUAUCGUGGGCAUAACCAACGAGAAUUUGACGUCUAAACUCUGCUGUGUCUGCCUGGAGCCUGUACGCCUUGCCUCUGCCCGAAGGAUCAUCGGAGGACAGAUCCGCACAGUUCGAAUCAAUGGAAGCGUUAUCUGCCAGAACGCCGUGUGCCCACUUGUUUAUCAACAAAAGGCGUCAUCCAACCGGGAUAGAAACGCAGCCACCUGUAUCGGACUCUCGGGACUUUCAACAUUGCUCUCUACAGACAAUCAGCCGCUGCCUCCUUUUCGGCUGCGAACCCGACCUUCUCGACCAUCAACCCUGCAUGCAGCACACACCAACCCCAACAGCACCAGUGCAACUGGAAUCAACAAUCAAUCCGGCAAUGUGGCUAUGAUCCGCACCCUGUUGGAUCUCUAUGUACAUAGAGAAUAG